AUGACUAAUCCAUUAAUGGUUUAAGAUAUUGAUAACGAACUCCUCAGAGAUGCUGAUGAGUACCUUAGAAAGCAUAAGGUUCUUGAACUUUUCGAGGAUUUGACAACCAUUUUAUGCUAUAAACAACCAGAAAACAUUGAGCAAUUUUUAGUCGACAUGCUCAAGUAAAGAAAAGAUUAAGGCAGUAGAUCAAUUGUAUACAACGAAGCUGAACUCUAAAACAUCUUUACUCUUUAUGACCUAAAGGGUGCAGGUCAUAUUACAAAGGAAUAAUGCAAAGAAGCAAUGAAAACUCUUGCUAAUUCAGAGUAUCAUUUCUCCAAGGCAACUGAAGCAAACAUUCCAGAAAAGGUUGAUCUAUUUACCUUUAUGAAAGUAUGUGAUGAAGUAUUGGGAAUCAAAGCAAGAUGA